GUGCUUGUGUGGCUUGGCUUACUUGGAUUUCAACUCGUCGAGGAUGGAACUUUGGCCAGCUUGGCGAUACUCACUUUGUGCGGUGGCUUUCUCACCAUCGGUUCGGCCUACAUUUUCCUUGAUACUGCUUUUGGUAUCAGUCAUUACUUUUUGAGUAAACCAGCCAGUCAUCUGUACAGUCCUUGGACCUUCAGCUUGAUCAUACUGUGGCCUAUCAUUGCUUGCACGCUCUACGUCAUCUUGACAACGAUGGUCAUCACAUACCGGCUUGGAGAGCGUCGACCAAUGAUUCAUGUCAUCAGUGCUGUUUUCACUCUGAUCCUUGCAGAAGCUGCUCGAUUCGGACUUUCUCACGCAAUCUGCCGAAGGAGUUCAGGAUCGGUAGACUCCAGCUUUAUAGCAACAUUUCUUGAAACCGCUGCACUGGGGUGGCUAGUGGGUGGAUGGGUAGCCAUUACUGAGGCUGAUUGGGAUGACUUCGAAGCUUGGGAGUAG